AUGGAUGCUCAGGUCGAGAGCGCCAUCCAAAUCGCCUUUGACCCUCGGGCCGACCAGAACCUCAAAGCGCAGGCCUAUGAGUUUCUGCAGCAGCUGCGCGACGACGCUUCAGGCUGGCAAGUCUGCCUAGCCCUCUUCACCCGCAACCCUCCCCCGGACGAAGUUGUGCGCCAUGUCUGCCUCGAACUGGUCAGUCAUGCCGUCCAGACAGGCCGUCUGGAUGAGCAGAGUCUGUCUUAUGUCAAGGACCAGCUCAUGACAUAUAUCCACCAAACUUUCGCGAACCAAUCAAACCGUGUCGACUCGCCCAGCAUUCAGAACAAGCUGACCCAGACUAUCACCUACCUCUUCACCUCACUCUACGCUACCGUCUGGCCCACCUUCUUCGAGGACUUUAGAUCACUCGCUGGCGACGCAAACGCAAUUGGCUCCGACAACCCUCAAGGAACUAUCCUCUACCUUCGCAUAAUAAACUCGAUUCACGACGAAAUCGCCGAUGUUCUGAUUCCUCGUACUCCGGAAGAGCUCAAGCGCAAUGCCGACCUCAAAGACUAUGUGCGCUCGCGCGAUGCUCAAAACAUCUCUACCUUCUGGCAACAAGUCCUGGCAAGGUGGAGACAGAUUGAUUUGGGUAUUGUCGAGUUGUGCCUCCGUUGCGUUGCACGAUGGGUUAGCUGGAUCGAUAUCUCGCUUGUGGUCAAUCAGAACAUGCUCAAUUUUCUGCUGGAAAUUGCCGGUCAACCAGACAUCUCUUCGGCGGAAAGUGCUCAGGCAAAGAUUCGCGAUGCCGCCAUCGACACAUUCACUGAGAUUGUGGCCAAAAAGAUGCCUAGCCAAGACAAGAUCAACCUGAUCUCAUACCUCAACCUAGCCAAUGUCGCCGGUCAACUCGUUGCCAGCCCCGCCUUGCACGAAUACCGAAGCACUUCGAACUACGACAAUGAUCUUGGUGAGACUGUAGCGAAGCUGGUGAAUAACGUCGUCUUUGAUGUUGUUAAGGUACUUGACUCAGAAGGUCUCGACGCAAACACAGCUGCUCAAGCCGACGAGUUGCUUCGACUGUUUGUUCCAUACCUUCUACGAUUCUUCUCGGACGAAUACGAUGAAAUCUGCUCCGCCGUCAUCCCUUCACUCACCGACUUGAUCACCCUGUUCCGCGUCUUGGCCAAACGAGGAGCCCUUCCCGACCAGUAUCGCGCCAUGCUGCAGCCUAUUCUUGACACCAUCAUUCUCAAGAUGAAAUACGAUGAGACGGCGGAUUGGGGAGCUGAGGGUGAACAAACAGACGAGGCUGAAUUUCAAGAGCUGCGCAGGAGGUUACACGUUCUUCAGCAGGCUGUUGCUGCAGUCGAUGAGACUAUGUACAUGGAAACUCUGAGCAGAGUCGUUGCUACGACCUUCAACAGAAUCUCCACAGACAACAAGCCCAACUGGCGGGAUUUGGAUUUGGCUUUGUACGAAAUGUACCUUUUCGGCGAAUUAGCCGUCAAGAAUGGUGGCCUCUAUCAGAAGAGCUCCCCUUCUAGCACUGCAUCUCAACAUCUCAUUGAAAUGAUGGCCAAGCUUGUCGAAUCUGACAUUGCCUCGUACCCACACCCAGCUGUUCAACUGCAGUACAUGGAGAUCUGUGUUCGCUACUGCACUUUCUUCGAACAUCACACGGAAAGAAUUCCUCGUGUUCUCGAGAACUUUGUCCGUUUCGUUCAUAGCGACCACAUCAAGAUCAAGACACGCUCCUGGUAUCUCUUCUUCAGAUUUGUCAAGCAUCUUCGCAGCCAACUCGGGAACGUCGCCCAAACCGUCAUCGAGACUGUCGCCGAUCUACUCACCAUCCACGCUGAAGUCCCCAAGGAAAGCGAUGAUGAUGAUAUGUCAUCUGAGGAGAACGAUCAAUCCGCAGACGCUAUCUUUACCAGCCAACUUUACCUCUUCGAGGCUGUCGGAGCUAUUGCGUCCACAACCUCGGUACCACUGGAAAACCGCAUGCUCUACGCUCGUACUCUUGUUAGCCCUUUGAUCACGGACUUGGAACGUCACAUCCCCGUUGCCAAGAAUGGUGACGAGCGAGCAGUCAUCCAAGUCCACCACAUCAUUCAGGCUGUGGGAACUCUUGCAAAGGGCUUCUGUGACUGGAUGCCUGGUAACUCUUCGGGCGCUCCUCCACCAUCGGAGCUGGCAAACGAGUUCUCGCCUGCUGGCGAAGCAGUCCUGACAGCUCUUGAGUCUCUCAAACACUCUAUGCUCAUCCGUACCGGUGCUCGCUUUGCCUUCUCACGCAUGCUUGGUGUUCUCGGAUCAGGUAUCCUGCAGAAGCUGCCUAGAUGGAUUGAUGGUCUACUCUCACAGUCAUCCACUAAGGAUGAGAUGGCUACGUUCUUGAGGCUGCUGGACCAGGUCGUUUUUGGCUUCAAGACAGAGAUCAUCGAGAUCCUCGACCAACUGCUUACUCCUCUCUUGCAAAGGGUGCUUGCUGGUCUGUCAGAACCUACCACUGGUACUGAUGAUGCUAUUCAGCUUGGCGAGCUCAAGAUGCAAUACUUGCAAUUCAUCCUUGUAAUCCUCAACAACGAUUUGGCGCCUGUUCUUGUCAGCAGUGCCAACCAGCAGACAUUCGAGACCAUCCUCACCACCCUUGAGCACUUCUGUCGCGAUCCCUCAGACUACCCUACAGCCCGCCUUUCUCUUGCCGUUUUGACCAAGAUGACACAAGUAUGGGGCGGUCCUGACCUCACUAUUCCAGUGCCUCCAGGUGCCACCCAAGCAGCUGCACCAACGGUUCCUGGCUUCGACACCUUUAUCAUGCAACGCUUCUCUCCUCUCACCUGGGCUCUGAUUUCAUCUCCGUCAUUCCAACCAAAGGACGCUCAAGCACGCAGCUACCUCACUGAAGCUGCCACUCUGCAGUGGACCAUCCUACGCAAAUGUGGUGCAGCUUAUGAAGCCCAUCUGCGUGACUCGGAAAUGUCAGGUCUGGGUCUCCAAGCCCCCAUCAUUGACGAAUACAUCAAGCAUCUCGAAGCAAAGGACAAGCUCGAGUUCAAAAAGUUUUUCAUUCAGUUCGUGCAACAGGUUAGAUCAUGA